AAAAAUCAAUCGUAAACAAAAAUUGCUCAGUGAUAUCGUUGAAUGGAUUCGAAAUCGUGGUGGAGGAUGGUAUACUCAGUCAUAUGCUAAUACACAAGGAAAACAAUUUGUUACUAGUUUGACUGAA